GAUACUAUCGUUGGCACGACUCUAAACCAGGAAGAGAACCAAGGAGCGUCAACCCAAAAUUAUCAACAAGAUUCCUGGUGUGGGGGGGUAAUCAUUUGAAAGAAAGAGAGGGCACUGUGGUUAUGAAGGAGCCGUGUUUUAAGUGAAAUAAUGGAGCAGAGCAUAUUGCAAAGCGUUUAUUUCAUCACCUACAGCCCAGAAGCAGCUGGCUGCCUGGAUAGUAGGUUGCCCUUUUCCAACAAAGACAUUAAUUAUGAUAAGCCGUUGCACCAUGACCCAAAGACUACACCUGAAGAAAUCGAUAAGCCCUGCAGGUGCUGAGAGUGUAUGGUUUAAUAAUGUGUCGCAUGUGCAUAGCGGGCGAAGGAGAACCAUGGAUAAUGUUGUAAAAGGCAAAGAAAUCGAGAGAACUGGCAGUCGGUCGAGUCACUAUGGGCUGGGACAGGUCUGGACCUUUUUUUAUUGUUACUUUUUAACCCCUGCCCAAGCAACAACAAUGAUCUACCAUAACCCAGUCACGAAGUCUGAAUUAGAACGUGGAAGACGGGCUGGAUGUUACGGCGCUUUCCUAAUCGGAUUCCACUUCUGCUUCGGGACGCCCGGAUCCUCUUCCGCACACCCGGCUAGCCGCCGCAAACAAGCAUACUACUCCACCAUGAGCUUCAACCGCAGAAAAGCAUAUCUUAUUCGGCACGGAUGCACUCUCCCGAGUUAAAAGGAAUCGAUGCGCCUCGUAUUAUAAGCGCUAACGCUCACCCCCCUCCCCCAGUCAGAAAUUCUGUCUGAACUACACCCCUAGGGUCUCCUUUAAAGUCCCGCGCACUGCUCAU